AUGGAGCUCGACCGAAUCGAGAGAGAUGAGCAGCAGCGGCUGCCGAGCACGCGGAAGAUUAUGAAGCCAGCCAUGGCGACUACGCCGACGACGAACGAGACGGGCCACGAGCGAACCACCUCCGAGCCGAUCCCUCUCGAGAUGCAGGAAAAGGCACGAGACCACGACUCGCUCGUGACAGUUCGCCUUUCCGAACCCCCUUCCCUGACGGUGAAUACAGCCGUCCCGCCGAGCACAAUCCCUCCUCGCUAUGAUGCCGAGUACGCCCCGAGCAAGACCAUGGCCGAAACACUGAACGAGGAGGACGAUGACGAUGACGAUAGUGAAUCGGAGAUAUUCGAACCCGAUACUCGCAAGAAGAAGGGACCCAGCUUGCAAGAUGAGCUGGGCGAAGCUGAGGAGGGACGCUCGGAUGAUGUUGCCAAUGAUUCGAGGUCGAGUUCUGGCUCCGACGCGGUUGAUUGGGACAAACUUCAGGCGACAGAAGAUAUGGAGGCUAGAAACAAACAGAACGCACAAGCGCAACACUUGCGAGAGAGCCACCCGAGACCUCCCUCGAUGGCACAGCUUCGGAAAAUGGUCACCGGGCCGACCCCUCCAGCCCUCCGGUAUUCGACGUUGCCGCCGACGCCCAUGACUGAGCUUGAGUUCUACCUCGCCUUGGUCAAAGACCCUCAGCAAACGGCUGCUCGCCUGCCGACUCUGUUGUCCAACAAGGUCAGGAAGGGCAUCCCACCGCCGCUGCGGGGUGUUGUCUGGCAGAGCAUGGCCGGCGCCCGCGACAGUGCCCUGGAAGAGGUUUUCGAACGGUUGUCUGGCGAGUCUAGCCCCUAUGAGGGCGUCAUCAGCAAGGAUCUUGGACGAAGCUUUCCAGGUGUGGACAUGUUUAGGGAUCCCGAAGGCGAUGGCCAACGAAUGCUCGGUCGGGUGCUCAAGUGCUUCAGUCUCUAUGACACCAAGAUUGGGUACUGCCAAGGGCUCGCCUUUCUGGUCGGCCCCUUGCUCAUGCACAUGAGUGACAAGCAGGCAUUCUGUGUUCUGGUCAGGUUGAUGGAGAACUACGAUCUGCGCCAUUGUUUCGUUCCCGAUCUGUCAGGGCUGCAUGUCCGCAUCUACCAAUUCAGAGAGCUGCUGCGCCAGCAUCUGCCCACUCUGUCGACGCAUCUGGACGAGUUGCAAGUCGAACCCGCCUAUGUUUCACAGUGGUUCCUCUCCUUCUUCGCCGUAACGUGCCCCCUGCCCAUGCUGUUUCGCAUCUACGAUGUGAUCUUUGCCGAGGGGGCGUCAGAGACCAUCAUGCGAGUCGCCUUGUCGCUCAUGCGCAAGAACCAGGCGCGCAUCCUGGCCUGCACCGAGCUCGAGGACGUGAUGCAUCUGCUCCUAUCGCGCGGGCUCUGGGACUGCUACAACUACAACGCCGACGAGUUUGUCCAGGAUUUUGCUGCGCUCUCUGAAAUUGUCACCAAGGCCCGGUUGGCAGCCUUGGAGCAGGGGUACAGAGAAGCUAACCUUAGCCCAAGCGCCAAUCCCCGUGCCACAGAUGCAACAGCGCAACAGGUGUCGGAUGUUACCACCGCAGCCUCCCGUUUUCUGGGUCGCCUGUGGGCUUCCUCUUCAACACCGCGAUUUGCCACGUUUGCGGCAGCCGCCUCCGCAUCCAGCAACACCAGUACUGCUAACACCACUACCAACACGCUCAAUCCCGGCCUGGGCGCCGUGUCGCGUCCGUUGAGCAUGCUUCGGCGAAGCACGUCGAAGCAGAGCCUGGCAUCCACCCUCAACUCGAUGGAGGUUGGCUCGUCCACUACUUCAUCUGCCGCUAGCGUCCUCAGCUCCGUAUCUACCGAAGCAACGUCCGUCUCGCGGGACAGCUCCGCUGACGAUUCAACCGUGACGGGCGCGCCGCAAAAGACAUCGCCCGCCGUCUUCUCGAGCGGCGCCAAUAACAGCAAGGAGGACAAGCAACUUCACAGCCAGAUUGAAGACUUGCUCACAGCCCUUAGCGAACUGCAACGGAACCAUGCCUUGUUGGCCAGCCAGCUACAAAAGGAAAAGGAAGACCGCGAUGAGGACAGAAAGGCAGUACGAUCGUUGCUGGACGGCCUGCGCAAAAAGGCGGGCGCCGAGGAUUCGGCGGCAUUGUCGUCCAGUGUCGAUAGCGAGGACACCAUUCGAGAUGCCUCGACUGAGCCAACCUCGGAAGAGGGUGACGAGACAGUCAAGCCCACCUCGGAGGAGCUAUCCGACCUGCUCGAUAUCGUCGAGCUUCGCUUCAGCGACUCGGUGGUCAACCGACGGUCGUCCAUGGCGCAGACCAAAUCACAACUUCGAGACGAGCUGGCUCGGGCGAAAGAACAGUUAUCCCACGAGGUGUCCAGGUCACGAGAGCACGAACGCAAGAUUCAUGAAGCGGAGCAGGAGGUCUCCUCUCUGAAGGAGCAACUGAGGGAGAGCCACACACAUGUCCGAACUUUACACCAGGAGAAGCAGCGCCUCGAGCGGCAGAUACAUAGCAUGCGGACCAGGGCGUCCGACACGCCAGCCUCUAACGCGACCAGUACCGAGUGGUUCCCCCAGAUUGGUACGGCAGCGGGUACAAGUGGUCUCCGCGAGCUCAAGCUGGGCCGCAGCAGGUCCACCCCAUCCCACCCGCCCAACUACAACAAGCGAGCGUCGUCGAUGACGAUGCAGAAGAAGUCCAACCGGGACUCGGCCGGUUCCACCCUGAACGUCAUGGCUCCUCCCCCACCCCCGCCUAUCCCAACCAGCGAGAGUGAUGCCCUUCUGCUAGAGCUCGCGGCGGCGAAGACGGCCGAAGCUGUCGCCAAACAGGAAGCCGAGGAGGCGAGGCAGAAGCUGGAGCAGCUCCGGAAGGCCUUUGGGCUGGCUCCGGGCGAGACACCACCAGCGCUGCAGCGAAACCACAGCACGGCAGACGGUGGGGGGCCAGCGGCAGCAGCUAUGGGCAUGUUUGGUCGGCUUACUGGGACGACCGGACCGACGUCUGUGCCUGCUCCUGGCGAGUCCCCUCAGAAGGCCGCCACGGCGCCUGCCGCCACCAAUGCUACGGGCGGUGGCGGUUUCUGGGGCUGGAGGAGGUGA